UGAAUUUCCCUCUGUCCUGUUUCACUGUGCAGUCUGUCUGUCUUUCCCUCUGUCCUGUCUCACUGUGCAGUCUGUCUGUCUUUCCCCCUGUCCUAGAGCAGCAGUGAACAACUACUCAUAGAUACUCAGUCACAGAGAAUACUACAUAGAAACGAACAACACAUUGUAGACACCAGACCAGUGAUGGGUAUUUUUUAUCGAAACAGAACUCAAAGAGCUUUCAGAAAUCUGUCUCUGAUCCUGUUGAGUAUUUCUGUCUCUCUGCUCCUGUGGACAACUAGCAGACACUCAAUCUCCUCUCACAGAAGCCCUCUGAUUGCUCUGGACUUGCCUCCCGGCUAUGCUGCCGACCUGCCAGCCUGCUCUGCCAUCAUCCGGGGAGAUGUGGAGGGUCUGGAGAAGGAGCAGCUUAGUCUCCUGUUGAAAUCCAAGAAGAAGAGCCAGCUGCUGUCGGAGGCGUUCUAUCAAAAUGUGACUCAGGACUGUCAUAGGUACAUCACAGAUAGAGGGUUUAUCACCGUUCCUGUCAGCCAGGAAGAGAAUAACUUCCCCAUUGCUUUCUCCAUGGUGGUCCAUGAGAAGAUUGAGAUGUUUGAAAGGCUGUUGCGUGCCAUCUACACUCCUCAGAACGUCUACUGUGUUCAUGUGGACCAGAAAACAUCUGAUAACUUCAAGAGUGCAGUAAGUUCUAUCGUGUCCUGUUUGCCCAAUGUGUUUCUGUCCAGUAAGAUGGAGAGUGUGGUCUACGCAUCCUGGUCCAGAGUGCAGGCUGACCUGAACUGUAUGGAGGAUCUGCUGAAGUCACCUGUCCAGUGGAGAUACCUGCUGAACACCUGUGGAACAGACUUCCCCAUUAAGACCAACGCUGAGAUGGUUCAGGCCCUCAAGCUGCUGAAUGGGAAGAACAGCAUGGAGUCAGAGACGACCAAUGACUACAAGAAGGGCAGAUGGCAGUUCCAUCACAACGUCACUGACAGAGUGGUCCGGACGGAGGUUAAGAAAAGCCCGCCACCAAUCAGCACCCCCAUGUUCUCUGGCAAUGCCUACUUUGUGGUGUCCAGGGCCUUUGUCCAUCAUGUGAUGGAGUCUCAGGAGGUCCAGGCACUGCUGGAGUGGGAGAAAGACACCUAUAGUCCAGAUGAACACCUGUGGGCCACUCUGCAACGAAUGCCCUAUGUACCAGGCUCCAUCCCACCCAACAGUAAGUAUGAACUGUCAGAUAUAAACGCCAUAGCCAGGUUAGUGAAGUGGUCAUACCUGGCUGGUGAUGUGAGGAGUGGAGCUCCGUACCCUCCCUGUUCUGGGGACUACAGGAGAGCUGUGUGUGUCUAUGGGGCUGGAGACCUACAGUGGCUCCUAAAGCAUCACCACCUCAUUGCUAACAAGUUUGACCCUGAGGUGGAUGAUGUGGCUAUCAGGUGUCUGGAAUCAUACCUGCGCUUCAAAUCAACACACAAAGAAACACUAAGGAAUGUGGAAUCUGGCUGUAACUGACUCAAAGUAAGGAACAUCAUAUGUUCUAAAUACAUUAAUGUACUUUCAUUUAAAAUAUAAUUUGGAUUGUGGUAUAUUGUAGUAUUGUCCUGUAAUUGAGUUAAAUCGAGGUUUGAGUUGUACAUACAUCAAGGAAUUAUUGUGACAGUGUUUUAAAAUGUUGUGACUGUUGUUACAGU